CUGCGCCGGGCGAGCGUUUCAAGGAAUUUGUAAAGAAACGAGAGGAGCUAUCGGUUCAAGGGGGGUGUCUGUUAUGGGGGGAUAGGGUGGUGAUCCCGGAGAAAUUACGGAAAAAUGUAUUAGAACUUCUGCAUGAAGGCCACCCGGGAAUCGUGAGAAUGAAGGGUUUAGCGAGGAGUUAUGUGUGGUGGCCAUUGAUGGACAAGGAAAUUAGCGACAGGGUAGGGAAAUGCCAAGCCUGCCAGGAGUCUAGGCCACUACCCCCUAUGGCCCCAAUCCGAGAGUGGGAGAAACCCCAGGGCCCAUGGUCUAGGAUUCACAUCGAUUUUGCCGGCCCGUUCCACGGGCAAACCUUUCUAGUGGUAGUAGAUGCCUACUCCAAAUGGCUAGAAAUCAUUCUCAUGAGAUCCACGACGGCUGAGUCCGUGAUCUCAGUCCUGAGACACCUUUUUGUAACCCAUGGGUUGCCCGACACCCUAGUUUCCGACAACGGCCCGCAAUUCACGGCAACCCAGUUUGAGGGGUACUUGGCGGAGGAGGGCAUCAGACAUGUCCUCUCGGCGCCUUUCCACCCGGCGACGAACGGACUUGCAGAACGUUUCGUUCGGAGCGCGAAAGAAGCAUUAUCCAGGAUAAGGCCAGGCGAUUGGCAAACAAAAAUAGACACAUUCCUAGCCGUCCAACACAGAACCCCCUGUGUGACAACUGGCCGCAGCCCGGCGGAACUAUUAAUGGGCAGAAAGCUCAGGUGCCCAUUAGACCGCCUAAACCCAGCCUACACCCCAGACGGGUACAAGGGGGCACACGGUAAGACGAGGGAAAUGGCAGUAGGCGACUCAGUGUGGGCACACAAUUAUAGCGAGGGCCCAACGUGGUUAACCGGGCCCAAAUCAUAUCUAGUAGAGAUGGAGGAUGGCCGGGUUUGGAAGCGCCACAUAGACCAAAUAAGGAAACGGAUAAUAAGUAAACCAGAAACAGAUCAGUCAGGCCCUGACUACCACAUGUUUGAAUCCACAGCUGACUCAAACCCGGGGAAAACGCGGGACUUAUCUGGGUCCGACGAAGUCCAGCGACACCAACCGGUUCCUCCUGACGACCGCAGGGACGACGCUGCAAAUAAUCCAGGGCCGGAUGGCCUAGAGGAGGAGCUGGGAGGAACUAACAGUCCCUCCGGCCAGCUCGACUCACUCCCAGAGAAUGAAUUGCGCAGGUCCGAAAGGGUUAGGAGACGCCCUGUCUACUUGCGUGACUACGUAGAGAAAUAAGAUGCUAAAAUUAUGUAAAUAUGGGGACAAUACGUUCUGGGAGGGAAGGAGUGUAAUGUAUCUUUAAAAGUUUUGGAAGGAAACUUGGGCGGGAAAUAGCACGUUGCUGAUUGAUUGAAGCCUCAGCCAAAACUGUAUAUAAAGAGGGGUUUUUGCCGCACGCUUUUGCUGGGUUCACUAUAAACUAAAGAGCUGUUGCCACUCACUGGUCUCCUGCCUCGUUAUUGCCCGAAUUUAACAACUGGUUCUGUGGGCGUGGUUUGGUGGACAUGGCAGGGGAAAGAUAUAGUAAAAUCUCCAUUCCCACGCUACUCCAGGGAAAGGUUACUGCAAAAUUCCCAUUUCUUCCAAAUCAGCUGGGAGACAGAGAAUAGAUGUGGGUGGGGCCAGUCAGAGGUGGCAUUUACCGGUUCUCCAAACUACUAAAAAUUUCUGCUCGAGAACUGGUCAGAACCUGCUGAAUACACCUCUGUGUCCAACCCAUCGUGACCCUAUGGACAACGUUCCUCCAGGCCUUCCUGUUCUCUACCAUCCUCUAGAGUCCAUUUAAACUCACGCCUACUGCUUCAGUGACUCCAUCUAGCCACCUCAUUCUCUGUCGUCCUGUUCUUCUUUUGCCCUCAAUCUUUCCCAGCAUUAGGCUCUUCUCCUGUGAGCCCUUCCUUCUCAUUAGGUAGCCAAAGUAUUUCAGUUUCAUCUUCAGGAUCUGGCCUUCUAAAGAGCAGUCAGGGUUGAUCUAUUCUAGGACUGACCGGUUUGAUCGCCUUGCAGUCCAAGGGACUUGCAGGAGUCUUCUCCAGCACCAGAGUUCAAAGGCCUCAAUUCUUUGGCGCUCAGCCUUUCUUAUGGUCCAACUUUCACAGCCAUACAUUGCAACUGGAAAACCAUAGCCUAGACUAUACACACUUUUGUUGGCAGGGUGAUGUCUCUGCUUUUUAGUAUGCUGUCUAGAUUUGCCAUUGCUUUCCUCCGCAAGAGCAAGCGUCUUUUAAUUUCUUGGCUGCAGUCCCCAUCUGCAGUGAUCUUGGAACCCAGGAAAAUAAAAUCUGUCACUACCUCCAUUUCUUCCCCAUCUAUUUGCCAGGAACUCUUAGGUAGCUUUCCUAUUUUGAUUUUUUCAGUGCUCUGAUAUUUGGCUAGGCAUUGGACUUAUUCUCCAGAGGGUAAUGAUCAUACACAUACAGGAGCCUAAUAGGCCUAAUUUCUGAGAUCUAUUGCUGAGGAAAGCACUAAUGGGAACUACUAAUUCUCUUAGGUUAGGUUGGGGAAUAAUACGGCUGAUGUCAGAAUUGCCACCCUGGCACGCCAGCCAUGCUUUGCCAACUGCCAAUCUGCCAUACACACUGGGGGGAGGGAGCUGUGGGGAAGUAUAAGUGGGGGGGAAGAGCUGGCCUAAGGGGAUUGAAACUACUUAUGCCAUCCUGUGAGAGCUACCUGCCAUUCCAAGGUCACACUAUGGAAUUUGUUUUAAUGUAAUUGGCACUUAGAGAUAACCAAGGGGAAAGGUAGGAACAAGAGAAAAGUCAAUCAGUUGCUUUGGGUGUGAAAACUCAGAUCUGGCUUUGCUACAUUUGCUACACUUGGCUUUAGUAAAGUGUUCUUUCAUUAAUAAUGAAGUCAAGAGUCUUUUCUAAUUGACCAAGUUGGGAUGGCUGACAUUAAGCCAGAUCUGUGACUAUGUCCUUACCCGAGAAGGAGUCAGAAGUGUUGGAGGACACUGGGGUGAAGGAAGAACCUGAAACCCUGGCACCCCAGCAGGGAGCCUGGUGUGGCCAGCGUGAGUUUGAUGUCCAAUUGAAGGUGGUAGGAGGGGGACCAAUGCCCCUGCCCAUGAUACUGGAGCACUGGUAGGAGGGCUCACUGGGUGUGGCAACACCCUGUUGGUUAUGAGAAGUCGGAAGGAUGGAGGAACCAGAAGAACCCCCUCUGGGGUUCAACAUUGUGUGAGGCAACCAGGCCCAAACUCAACAGCCUCCAGAUUGGGCUGAAACUGUUGAAAGAGGACCCCAGCUGGGGCGUUCGACUAAGUACUCAACUAUCUGAGAGGGAGAUUCCAAGAGUUUGGGAUAUGCGACCAGCCCCUUCCCAGUGGAACAAGCCCUAGUUGCCAGCCUGUGACAGUGGCAGUGCUACCAGAUCCAGCUGUCCCAGUACUGGCUGUCCUGGUGGUACUGGCCAUCCAACCAGCACCUGCUGCUGCACCAUCCCCAACUGCUACCCUGCCCCAUCCGCACCCCCAGCACCAGUCAUCCUCCCGGGUCGGGGCAAAUACGAACCAUCCCCCUUGGGGGGUGUAAUAUGAUGGAAGCCUGAAACAACUGGGCCAUUUUUUGGGCCAGGUCUGGCAUUAUAUCAAUCAAUCAAUCUAUUAAUCAAUCAAGAAUAGAGCUGGAAGGGACCUUGGAGGUUUCUAGUCCACACCCCAUCCCCCGCUCAAGCAGGAGUCCUUAUACUAUUUCAGACAAGUAGCUGUCCAGUCUUUUCUUAAAAACCUCCAGUGAUGAAGCACCCACAACUUCUGAAGGCAAGCUGUUCCACUGGUUAACCGUCCUCACUAUUAGGAAGUUUCUCCUUAAUUCCAGGUUGCUUUUCUCCUUGAUUAGUUUCCAUCCAUUGCUUUUUGUCCUGCUUUCUGGUGCUUUGGAAAAUAAAUUGACCCCCUCCUCUUUGUGACAGUCCCUCAAAUACUGGAAUACUGCUAUCAUGUCACUGCUAUUCCUUCUUUUCUUAGACUAGCCAAACCCAAUCCUGCAACCGCUCUUCACAUGUUUUAGUCUCCAGGCCUUUAAUCAUCUUAGUUGCUCUUCCUUGCACCUUUUCCAAAGUCUCAACAUCUUUUUUGUAAUGUGGUGACCAAAAUUGGAUGUAGUAUUCCAAGUGUGGCUUUACUAAGGCUUUAUAAAGCGGUUCUAAGACUUUACAUGAUUUUGAUUUUAUGACUCUGUUUUUAUACAAGCAAGAAUUGUAUUAGCUUUUUUGGCUGCUGCCCCAUACUGCUAGCUCAUGUUACUAGGAGUCAACGUGCACUUGGAGUCCAGCUGCUGUUUUUGAGCUACCUUUUGCCCAAUCUGUACUUGUACCUUUGGUUUUUCCUGCCUAAGUAUAAAACCUUGUGUCAACCCUGAAGCUGGCCUGACUGAAGCCAUUUUGUCUGCUUCAGUGUUGCCACACUGGAGCUGAGGGUCAGGGAGGGGGGAUUUGAGAUAGAGGGUUUUUUGUAGCCAAAACAAAAUACUUUCUCUUGGGAACCAAGGACAUUCUCACAUCUGGUCGGAGGAAGGCAGAGUGAUGCCACCCGGCUGUCAGUCUGCACGUUGACUGGACCAUGUGACUUAUUGUUUUGAGAAAGUAGAAAAUCUUUUACUUUUACUAAAGUGAAAACUGAAGGAGUUUUCAGAAUCGGUUUUCACUAGAUAUGUGCCAAUAUGAUAUUUCCAUUAAAAGUAAUCUCUGAGGAAUUCAAUUGCCUCAGAGUCUUGCUUGCAAUGGAUUUAUUACUUGGAACCCUGACAUCUUGUUUUUCUCCACAUUAAAUUUCAUUUUGUUGGAUAGGGGCCAUUGUUCCAGUCUGCCAAGAUCUUUUUGGAUCCUGACUUUGUCUUCUGGGGUGUUGGCUAUUCCUGCCAGCUUAAUGUCAUCUGCAAAUUUGAUGAGUUCCCUUUCUAUUUCGCUCAUCUAAAUCAUUUAUGAAGAUAUUGAAGAAUACUAGGCCUAAGACGGAACUUUGUGGUACCCCAUGCUUACUUCCAUCCAUGUAGAUGUAGUUUCAUUAAGGACCACUCAUUGAGUAUGGUUUGUCAGCCAGUUACAAAUCCAUCUGGUGGUGAUAUUGUCUAUCCCACAUUUUUCUAGCUUACCAACAAGUAGGCUGUAUUCUACUUGGAACAUCUGGAGUUUUCUUCCCAGAUGAUGUGGCCAGGGUACACUGCAUGGCCCUGACGUUAGAGGGAGACACAGCUGACUGGCUCAUGGCCCUACAUGACAAUGACACGGACGAAUUACACCACUUCGACCACUUCAUGCAAGAUCUAAGACAACAUUCUGAAGGCCCUCUGGCAGACCAGCAAGCUGCCACCCAAAUCAAGAUAAUCAAACAGAGAAAACAGUCCACCACUGCCUACAUCCAGGAGUUCUGAAGCCUGGCCCCAGUCGAUCCUGAUGGAUUAUUUCUGUGAGGGGCUGAAUUAUGCUACACCUGCCUGUCAUGGGGAGUACUGAGAAACCUGUUCCAUCAUAUUCUAGCA